CGCAUGUGUUUCGCCAACAAGAUGUGAUCUCCGACGAGGCUGCGGGGGGUUGCCCUGGACUGGUUUGCUAAAGACGUAUAAAUACCUCCUCGUCACCCUCCUCUCCGUUCUUUGUUUCCCAGUCUCCCUUCACUUCCUUUCUUCACAUUCUAGCGAGGAAUCAGUUACAAUGACCGUUUCUGAACAGUACUUUCCACAAGAGCCAACCGCCCCCAAGGUGGUCACUUCCACCAUCCCUGGCCCUGAAUCUCAAAGAAAGAUCAAGGAGUUAGGCCAGGUCUUUGACGAAAGACACGCGUACUUCGUGGCUGACUACACCAAGUCUACCGGUAACUACAUUGUUGACGUGGAUGGCAACGUGCUUUUGGACGUUUACGCUCAGAUCGCGUCCAUCCCUCUCGGCUACAACAAUCCAGCCUUGAGAGAGGUGGCCAAGUCGGACAGAAUGAUCAGAGCCAUCAUCGACAGACCAGCCCAGGGUAACUUCCCUGGUGCUGACUUGGCGGAAAUCGCCGGAGACGUGUUGAAGGCCGCUCCAAAGGGCCAGAAGUUCCUCUGGUCUGGUUUGUGCGGUGCUGACGCCAACGAGUUGGCUUUCAAGGCUGCCUUCAUGUACUACCAGUCCCAGAAGAGAGGCUACAACGCUGAAUUCUCCAAGGACGAACAAACCUCCGUCAUGGCAAACGAAGCUCCAGGUGCUCCAGAGUUGGCGAUUUUGUCCUUCGAAAACGCCUUCCACGGAAGAUUGUUUGCCUCUGCCUCCGUCACCCGCUCGAAGCCAAUCCACAAGCUUGAUUUGCCUGCCUUCAAGUGGCCAAAGGCUCAGUUCCCAGCCUACCAGUACCCGUUGGGCGACCACGAAGAUGCCAACAAAAAGGAGGAUGCGAGAUGCUUGGCGAUAGUCGAAGACAUCUUCCAGAACUGGCACGCUCCAAUUGCCGGUGUGAUCAUCGAGCCAAUCCAGUCUGAGGGUGGUGACAACCACGCCUCUGCUUCUUUCUUCCAGGGCUUGCGUGACAUUACCUUAAAGUACAAGUCGUUGUUGAUCAUUGACGAGGUGCAGACCGGUGUCGGUGCCACUGGGGCCUUCUGGGGCCACGAAAAGUUCAACUUGAGCCCAGCUGCUGACAUCGUCACCUUCUCCAAGAAGUUCCAGUCCGCCGGUUACUUUUACAACAACCCGCAAAUCACUCCUAACCAGCCAUACAGACAGUUCAACACCUGGUGUGGUGACCCAGCCAGAAUGAUCCUUGCCGGUGCCAUUGCCAAGGAAAUCGUCAAGAACGACCUUGUGCGCAAGACCUCCGACGUCGGUGACUACUUGUACGCGGAAUUGGCCAAAUUGGCAGCCAAGUACCCUAAGGAUAUGCAGAACUUGAGAGGUGAAAAGUGCGCCACUUUCAUCGCCUGGACCUUGGAAUCCGGUGCCAAGAGGAACCAGUUCUUGGCUGAUAUGAAGAUGGCCGGUGUCAACAUCGGUGGUUGCGCGGAGGCCUCCGUCAGAUUGAGACCAACCUUGACGUUUGAAGAAAAGCACGCCGAUAUUUUGGUUAAGGCGAUUGAUGCUGUUUUAUCCAAGAAGUAAACAGUUGAACUGUGUACAUUUAUACUUUAAUUACUAAGCUUAUGACUCCUAAACGAAGUAGAUGAGCACUACAGUGAAAGCUAAGGUAUGUCAGAUGAGGUACACACUCACUGAAAGGGGUGAUGCAAACCACUAUCCCAUUUGCGCCGAUUGAGACCAUUCGGACUAUUUUGUGCCACAGGAAGGCACUAAAAGCUUGAGAUGCCUCUAGUAGCGUUUGUGAGAGCCCUUUCGAAUAAUCACCUUGGGUUUCUUUUUCUUUGCAUGUCUAAUCCGCAAUGGCCACAAACCCUUCCGGUUCACAUUUGAACCUUC